AUGACACAACACAACACAAGACAGUGUGAGAGAAUCAAAGUGGCAGUUGCUGGUUGUUACCUACGCAUAGAAAAUUGGGGAGGCAGGGGAAGGUUAGUCAAAACAUUGGAAUUUCCACACUUGAACAUUGAGGAUGACACAACUCAACACCCUCAAAGACAAGAUCACAAAAAACUCAUGAAACGAUGUGUUUGCCCACUAGCCUCUUUAAUUCUCCUAGCAAUAGUAAUCAUAGUUUUAAUCUUCACAAUAUUUCGUGUCAAGGGCCCCAUGAUCACAAUGAACAGCAUCAAGAUCACAAAGCUCCAACUGGUCAACACCACCAUGACACCUCAACCCGGUGCCAACAUGUCCUUAGUUGCAUCGUUUAGGUAUGGCAACACCACCACGAGUUUGUACUACCUUGGUGUCUUGGUGGGGGAGGCUAGAGGACCACCUGGGAGGGCCAAGGCCAGAAGAACAUUGAGGAUGAAUGUCACAAUUGAUGUCUUCACGGAUCGUGUAGUUUCUAGUCCGGAUUUUGCUACGGAUUUAGGUUGGGGGCUGUUGACUAUGAGCAGCUUCUCUAGAGUUCCUGGGCAGGUGAAGAUCUUGAACUUGAUAUUUCCACACAGGCUAUUAAGGAGCAGAGUUGUAAGCGGAAGGUUAAACUUUAGUGAUCAUGUGUAAUGUGUUAGUUUAUUUUCUUUCCUCCACUUUGUAUCAUCCAUCCAAAUUACUAUAUUAGUUUAUCUUAGUUUCCUUGAAUAUACUUGCAAAAUUACUGUACCGAAAAUAAUGAGUGUUUACUUUCUUCUAGACAAAAGUCAAAUUGAUCAAAAUCCCUCUGUUUUGAAGAGUUGAGAUUUCAUAUUAAAACAAAUACAAUUUGCGUGUAAAAAGAUUA